AUGACGACCGACGACGAUGCGAGCGUCCAGACGUCGCGCGACGAGCUCUGGGUGCGCGACGACACGUCGAGCCACUGCUUCGGCUGCGAGCGCGAGUUCAGCUUCGCGCGGCGGCGGCACCACUGCCGGCGCUGCGGCGGCCUCUACUGCGGCGGCUGCUCGCGCAACUCCAUGUCGCUGAGCGCGCUGGCCAUGGACGGCGGGCCCGCGGGGCGCGAGGAGCGCGUCUGCGACGACUGCUGGUCGUCGCACCAGGAGCGGCUCUUCCUCCGGUCGCUCGCGGCCGAGGGCGACGGCGACCGCGGCGGCGACGCCGAGGCCGCGGCCGGGUCCGUCGUCGCGGGGCGCGAGGAUCUGUGCCGCGUCUUCUUCCUCGACGGGUCCUUCGUCGCCGUCGACGUCGCCGCGGCGACGUCCGCCGCGGACCUCGCGGCGGCCGCCGCCGCGGAGCUCCGGCUCCCGGCGGCGGUGCCGUUCCCGCUCUUCGAGGCGCGGCGCGGCGCGCUCGACGUCCUCGAGGCCGUGGCGCCCGUGGAGCGCGCCGCGGACGUGCUCAGCCGCUGGCGCCUCGCCGGCGACGUCGACAAGGCGCUCGUCUUCGGCUGCCGGCGGCCCGCGGCGGCGCCGCCGCCGGACCGCGGCGACGCGUCGUCGCACUACAGCGAGGCGACGCGGCUCGAGCUCGUCCAGAACCCGCUGGCCAAGGACGCGGACGUGCGGCGCUUCGCGCUCACGCGGAGCACGGCGCGGCACCUGCCCGUGUCCUGCUACGUGGGCACCGACGGCGUGCGGUGGGCGGGCGACGACGCGCGCGGCGUCGUGCCGCUGCGCGAGCUCACGCGGGCCGUCGUCGGCGAGUCGGCGUGCCACGUCGUGCUCGUGCGCCGCGGCGGCGCGCGCCACGUCUUCCGCGCGCCGGACGCGGCCGCCGCGCGCGCGUGGCGCCGGCUCGUCGACGACGCGAAAAAAGGGACCGCCGCCGCCGCCGCGCCGGACGACACCGCGGCCGCGGCGCCGGCGGAGCCGGACUGCGUCGACGACGCCGAGGCCCUCGCCGCCUGGCGCGUCGCGCUGUCGCGGGCCUUCGCCGGCGCCGACGCGCGCGCCUGCCGCGAGGCGUGCCGCCGCGCGCUGGACCACGGCGACGCCGCGGCGCGCGACGCCGUCGCGCUCGAGGCGACGCCGCGGCUGCGCGCGCUCGCGCUCGACGCGAGCCUCGCCGACGCGCCCGGCCCCGCGGUGCUCGACCCGCUCGUGGACUGGGCGGCGCUCCUGGGCGACGCGCUCCGGCGCGGGGCCCUCGACGACGACGUCGCGGACGCGGGCGAGCGCGCGGCGGCCGCGCUCGACGACCUCCGGGAGCGCCGCGCGGCCGCGGCCGCGCGGCAGCUCGCGGGGGCCAUCGAGGCCGGCGGCGGCGUCGACCGGGUCGAGCGCGCGGCGGACGCGGCGGUCAACGACACGCCGCCGGCCGCGCGCGCCGCGGCCGCGGCCGCGUGCGCGGCGGUGCUCGGCGCGGCGCUCGACCGCGCGCCGGCGUCGCCAGAGGAGGCCUGCGUCCGCGUCGACGGGCUCCGGCGCCUCGACGCGCUCGCCGCGAGCUGGGGCGUCGCCUCGCCGGGCGACGCCGCGGCGGCGCUCGCGGCCGCGGCGGACGUCGCGCUCAAGGCGCUGUCGCUGUCGGCGCCGGCGGGCGACCCGCGCGGCCUCGCGGACGCGCUCGCGCGGCUCCUGCCCCGGACCCGCGAGUGGCUCAACGACGACGCCGACGCGCGGGUUCUGGCGGCCGAGGUGCUCCGGGUCUGCGGCGCGCGGGCCUUCGCGCGCCGCGUCGCCGGCGGCGCGCCCGCCGCGGCGCCGCGGCCGGCCGACGGCGGCACGGCCUUCGACGUCGCCGCGCGCGGCGACGAGUUCGACCCGACGACGGGCCUCGACCCGGACCGCGCGGCGGCGGCGGCGGCGCUCCGGCGCGACGCCGCGGCCCUCGGCGCCGCGGCGCCGGGCCUCGACGCGGCGGACCGGCGCGACGCGCUCGCGAUGCACCGCGCGGCCGUGGACCUGCUCCGGGGCACGCUCGCCUGCGACCCGGACGACCACGCGACCUGGUUCGCGGCCUGCUUUCGGAACGGCGACGCGCCGCGGGCCGCGCGCGCGCUGCUCGAUUUCGCGAAGGUCGACGGCGACGACCGGUCGCGGCUUCUCGCGGACGCGUCGCUGCGACCGACGAAGCCGCCGCCGCGGCGGCCGCCGCCGCUGCCGCUGCCCCGGGGCACCGGCGGCGACGACGAUGUGGUCUCGGACCUGCCGGACCCGCCCCGGCGGACGAGCCUCGGCAAGCGUUUUGCCCUUGCGCGAGGCGCCAGCAUGCCUCCCAUGCGCGUCGCCGCGCCGCCGCCGUCGCCGAAGCCCGCGCCGAGCCCGCCGCGGAGCCCGCCGCCGGAGCCGCGCGACGACGACCGCCGCGCCGCCGCCGCGAGCCCGCCGCCCUUCGUCGUCGUCGCGGGGAACCGCGCGAUCCACAAGGGGACCUAA